AUGUCUCAAGUCUAUAAUAAAACGCCAUUACUAAGACACUUAUUCCCUGGUAAGAAUUUACCACAAGUUUUUUUAAAAUAUGAAUGUUUUCAACCAAGUGGCAGUUUCAAAAGUAGAGGGAUUGGUAAUUUAAUUCAAUCAACUUCGCUUGAAAUUCAAAAAAAUUCAAAAAAAUCACCGGAGGUAUUUUCAAGUUCUGGUGGUAAUGCAGGUCUGGCCGCUGCAACUGCUUCAAAAAUGUUAUCAUUACCUUGUACUGUUGUAGUACCAACAGCUACAAAAUUAAGAAUGGUCGAAAAAAUUAAAGCCACUGGUGCUAAUGUCAUUGUUAAGGGUAACCAUUGGAAAGAAGCCGAUACUUAUUUAAAGACAAACGUUUUGAGUAAUAUAGAUAAAAAAUUGAUUGAACCAAUUUAUGUUCAUCCAUUUGAUAAUAAAAAAAUUUGGGAAGGUCAUGCUACUAUGAUUGAUGAAAUAGUAGAAACUUUUGGCCAACAACAUAUCCCAAUAGAAAAAGUAAAAGCGAUUGUAUGCAGUGUUGGUGGGGGUGGUCUAUAUAAUGGUAUUAUUCAAGGUUUAGAGAAACAUGAUUUAGCUACAAAAAUCCCAGUUGUAGGUGUAGAAACUUUAGGUUGUCAUGUCUUCAAUACAUCUUUAAAAAUGGGUAAAGUUAUCCAAUUUGAAAAAAUAAACACUAUUGCAACUUCUCUUGGUACAGCAAAUAUUUCUAAUCAAACUUUCGAAUACGCAAAGAAAUAUAACACGAAGUCUAUUGUUGUAGAUGACUUAAAAGUCGUCGAAACUUGUUUGAAGUUUACUAGAGACAGCAAUAUGGUCGCAGAACCAGCUUGUGGUGCUGCAUUACAUAUGGGUUAUAAUAUGGACAUACUAGAAAAAUCAUUAGGCAAAAAGUUAGCAACUGACGAUAUAGUAUUAAUCAUUGCAUGUGGUGGGUCCUCUAAUACCGUUCAAGAAUUAGAAGCUUCAUUAACUGAGUUAAAGAAUAAAUCAAAUGAAAAAGAAAAUUACUCGAUUUUCCAUUCAUUGAGGUUCCAACUUACACUCAACAAUUAA